AUUUUUUCAUUGAUUUGCGGGAAAAAAAAUGAUGUUCGCUAAGGUUGUUUUUGUUUUGGCAACUAUUUCCGUUGCUUAUGGUCAAUUGCUUCAACAAGGUCCAUCUACUGUUCAAUUGAUUCCAAUCGGUUACGGUGGUGGUGGUGUUGGCAAUUUUGGAACCGUUGGUUUAACCGCUGCUCAACCUCAAUUUGUGAUUGCUGGUGGUAUUCAACCAGCUACUGCUGGUAUUCAAUUCAUCAGACAACCACAAGCCGUUCAAUUAGUUGCAGCACCACAACCACAAACCGUACAAUUUGUUGCUGCUCCACAACCACGAAUUCAAUUUGCUGCAGCUCCACAACCACAAACUAUUGCUGUUGCUCCACAACCACGAAUUCAAUUUGCUGCAGCUCCACAACCAGCUCCAGUUCCGGCCCCAGCAAGAAUUCAAGUUGCCGCACCAGUUGUACAACCAGUAGCUAGAGUCGUUGAAGAAGAUUACAAUGAACCUGGUACACCAGUAGCUCCUUAUGCAUUCUCUUUUGAUGAAACUGAUGAAUUUGGCAUGAAUUUACAAAGAAAUGAAGUUAGCGAAAAUGGUGUCGUUACUGGUCAAUAUUCAUUCACAACACCAGAAGGUUAUACACGUCUUGUUAAAUAUGUUUCUGAUGAAAAUGGUUUCCGUGCUGAAGUUGAUACAAAUGAACCAGGUACCGCAACAUCAGCACCUGCUGAUGCUGUAUAUCGAUCAUCAGCUUCACAACAACAACAACAACCACCAAAAUAAAUUCAUGGAUAAAGAAUCUAUUUUUUUAAACAAUCUAGUUUCAAACUAAAUAAAUUUUUAUUUCAAAUAAAUAAAAAUAACCCAAAAGAUUUUCAAUGAUAAACACAGACACACACACACACACACACAAACAAACACAAACACAAAAAUUCUGAAAGAAAGCUUUCUUUUGUCUCAACAAUGAAAAGAAAAAAAAAUCAAUAAUCAAUGAAUUGUGAAGAAUUUUUCAAUUUCAAAUA